UCCUCCACCUCCUUUCGCUGUGGAUCUCUUAGGACGAGCAGAACAGUUAUGGAGGAAGUUGAUGAAACAGAUGUGCAACCUCAGGUCUAUAUGGCAUGCAUAAUGCACGGUCAAAGAGCUGGAAUCUCUUAUUAUGAUUCCAUCUCCUGCCAACUCCAAGUGAUGGAAUUUUGGGAAGAUAGCACUGAAGAAUUUCCCUUGAUCGAGAUGGUGAAAUAUCAAGUACAGCCCUGCAUCAUCUACACCAGCACCAAGAGUGACGAAUCCUUCUUGGCUGCAUUACAAAAUAAUGAGGGAGCAGCUGAUGCUGUGACAGUCAAGCUUGUAAAGAGCUCAUUAUUUAGCUAUGAGCAGGCAUGGCACAGACUGAUGUACCUAAGGGUUGCAGGAAUGGAUGAAGGGCUGAAUAUCAAAGAGAGAGUGUCUUUUCUUAGUACCAUGAUGGACAUUCGAAGUGAUGUACAAGUUCGUGCCAGUGGGGGUCUUCUUGCGAUAUUAGAGAAUGAGAGAAUAAUUGAUGUUCUUGAACUGAAUGAAAGUGGGAAUGCGUCAAUUGCACUUAAUUCAGUCUCUGAAAUCUCACUAAACAAUUUUCUCAAAGUUGAUUCUGCUGCCCAUGAAGCAUUGCAAAUAUUCCAAACUGACAAGCACCCAAGUCAUAUGGGCAUUGGUAGAUCGAAGGAAGGGUUCUCUGUUUAUGGGAUGAUGAACAAGUGUGUAACACCAGUGGGCAGACGGCUGUUAAGGAACUGGUUUCUGAGACCAAUAUUGGACCUGGAAAAGUUGAACAAUCGUCUCGAUACUAUAUCUUUCUUUUUCAAUGCGGAAGAGCUGCUGAUUUCUUUACGUCAGACCCUGAAAUCUGUAAAAGACAUUCCUCACAUAUUAAAGAAAAUUAACUCUCCAAGUUCUGUAUGUACUACUAAUGACUGGAGUGCCUUUCUAAAGAGCAUUAGUUCACUGUUGCACAUCAAGAAGAUAUUUGAAGUUGGCAUUUCUGAAUCACUUCAAGAACAACUGAACCAUUUAAACUUGGAUAUCAUUGACAAGGCUUGCCUCUACAUUUCCACUGACCUGGCCUUUGUAUAUGAACUGGUCAUUGGAGUUAUAGAUGUAAAUCGAUGUAAAGAUAAGAGUUACGAGACAAUUGUUAAAGAUGGUUUCUGUGGAGAGCUAGACGAGCUGAGGCAAAUAUAUGAAGAGUUGCCUGAAUUUUUGGAAGAGGUGUCAUCACUGGAACUUGCACGGUUGCCACAUAUGUCAAGGGAAAAGUUCAUUCCUCAUAUUGUUUAUAUACAUCAAAUAGGGUACUUGAUAUGCAUAUAUGAAGAUAAGCUGGAUGACAACAUUCUAGAGAAACUUCAAGACUUUGAGUUUGCUUUCUCAGAUGAAGAUGGAGACUCGAAGAAGUUUUUCUAUCGCACUGCUAAGACAAGGGAACUGGAUAACCUUCUAGGAGAUAUAUAUCACAAAAUUUUGGACAUGGAGAGAGCAAUUACCAGAGACCUUGUCUCACAUAUUCUUGAAUUCUCAGUUCCUUUAUUCAAAGCUACUGCAUUUGCUGCAGAGCUUGAUUGCUGCUUGUCGUUGGCAUUAGUUGCUCGUCAGAAUAGCUAUGUGAGGCCUACUUUGACCUCAGAAAGUUUGCUUGAUAUAAGAAAUGGAAGACAUGUUUUGCAGGAAAUGACAGUUGAUACCUUUAUUCCCAAUGAUACAAAGAUUAUGGAUGAAGGAAGAAUCAAUAUCAUCACUGGACCUAAUUUUUCUGGAAAAAGUAUCUACAUAAAACAGGUUGCACUGAUUGUUUUCCUUUCCCAUAUUGGAAGUUUUGUACCAGCAGAAACAGCGACAGUGGGUUUGACUGAUAGGAUCUUUUGUGCAACUGGAAGUAAAUUCAUGACUGCUGAACAGUCAACAUUUAUGAUUGAUCUCCAACAAGUUGGCAUGAUGUUGAGGCAUGCAUGUCAUCGGUCUUUAUGUCUGGUGGAUGAAUUUGGAAAAGGAACUCUUUCUGAAGAUGGAAUUGGUCUCCUUGGUGGCACCAUAAAUUAUUUUGCCUCAAGUGAUAACCCUCCAAAGGUUAUGUUGUGUACUCACUUGACUGAGAUAUUUGAAAAUGGAUGUUUACUGGAGUCUAGCAAGAUUAAGUAUUACACCAUGAGUGUACUAAGCCCAGAUAACAAUUGCACAGAGGUUGAGGACAUUGUAUUUUUAUACAGACUGAUACCUGGACGGGCACUUCAGAGCUACGGAUUGCACUGUGCACUGCUAGCAGGAGUUCCUGAUGAAGUUGUGGAUAGAGCAGCCUCUGUACUACUAACAAUUGAAAGUAAUAAAAAUAUUCAGAGGCUAGAGAAUGAGAAUAUAUUGGCACAGGAUCAACAAUACAAGGAGGCUGUAGAGAAGAUGUUAACUUUUGACACUUCAAAUGGAGACCUGCACCAGUUUUUUGAAGAAAUCUUCCCCUCGCACCAUUGAGAGUAGCAAUGCCGCAUCACAUAGUGCACCACCUUCAACAUGGGUUCCAUAAGUUUACAUGGAGCACUGUCCUGUAGGAGUAUCAUAUCUGCUAUAUUCUCAUAUUUAGGCAUCAUAUAUCAUAUACUAAAAUUGUUGCAGCUGUCCUCAAUUUAAAGUUGAAUAAAAUUCCUUAAACAAACUUGUUUUGCACUUCAGUUCACUACAUUUUGUCUCAGUUGUCAUGCUUUCUACUCACACUGUGUUUAGAGGUCCUUUUUUAACUGAUUGGAGAAAAACUUCACAUGUGGAAGUGAUUUUUUUUUUUUACCUCUUAUCUUAUUCUCUGCUUAAAUUUUGUUUUCAUUUAGAAAGAUUUUUCAUUGGC